AAGUUGUUCCACUUGAUUGCUCAGUUUGCCUCUUUGAGUCAGUGGUGGCGGGGGAAUUAUAAAGGUGAUGAAGGUGCAGCCAAGUCCCAUUUAGCGCGUGCCAGAUUUAAGCUGAUUUAAAGCUGUGCAGACUGACUCUGAAACUUUCUUUGCACAAAAGAAGAGUUUUGGAAAAAUUUGCUCAGUUUUUUUCCAGCAGUGUGUGCCUGGCUCAGGAAACCUGCUGAGGUGUGCUCACCUUGCAAAGGCAACAUGGUCAGUGGUGCUUUGCAGAUUGCCGGGCUGCUCGUUGGUGGCAUUGGCAUGAUUGGGACAUUCGCUGUCACAGGAAUGCCUCAGUGGAGGGUGUCUGUCAUCGAGAACAACAUCAUCGUGUUUGAGACCAUUUGGGAAGGCCUGUGGAUGCACUGCAUCAGGCAAGCCAACAUCAGGAUGCAGUGCAAGGUCUACGACUCCGUGCUGGCCCUCUCGCUGGACCUGCAGGCAUCCAGAGGGCUGAUGUGUGCUGGGUCAGUGCUCUCUUUCCUCGCUUUCAUGGUUGCCGUUAUUGGGAUGAAGUGCACGCAGUGUGUGCAGAGCAGCUGGCAAGCCAAGGGCUAUAUUAUUCUGACAGCUGGGCUCCUCUUCAUCCUCUCGGGUGCCGUUGAGCUCAUUCCAGUCUGCUGGGUUGCCAACACUAUCAUCAGUGACUUCUACAACCCCAUGGUCAACGUUGCACAGAAAAGGGAGCUUGGGGAUGCCCUCUACCUGGGCUGGGUAGCUGCCUUCUGCCUCAUUGCUGCUGGAGCCAUAUUCUGUUGCUUUUGCUGCUGUUGUGAGAAAACCAGAAACCACGGAUACUCCGCACCAACUCACUGUCCUACUUACAGCCAGCAUCUGCACAAGACGACCGAAAGCUCAUACUCCAAAAGUCAGUAUGUCUAGAUGCCUUCUGCCUUCCCCUAUUU